AGGCGUGGCACUUUCUACUUUCUAGCCUUUGUGCAAUGUUUACACAGGAAAAUCCAUAAAGCAUCAAUGAAAUUUGAUUCAUUAGCACGUGAAAACUGAAAACUCAUGCUGUCAUGCAUAUGAAUAUGAUGGACAGAGCCGUGGAGACUGUGGAGCAGCUGAGUUGAACACAAGAUUCAGUUACCACAACGCCGCUGACACGGUUAGUUACUUGGUUCUAAUUUUUCACGCUAAACGACAUCUGCAUCACGUGUCGUUUCCAAUUUUGCAUCGCACCACCACCACCACCACCAUCGCCAUCAAUAUGCUCGUGAUCUCCACCUUCCUCUUCUUCUCCUUCUAAUCAAAUUCAGCUCAAUUUCCUCUCCAAUUCCUAAAUCCCUAUGCCAAACCCUAAAAUUCCUAAUUCGUUUUCUUAUUCCCGUCAUUUCUGAACCUUUAAUUUGAGCUCUUUUUCUGCGCGGAGGCGAUGGCUGAGUACGGGGAUCCAGAGAGGGGUUCGUCGAUGGAUUCCACGGAAUCGAGGUGGGUUUUCCAGGAAGACGAGGACGAUGCCUCCGAGAUUGAUGAGUUCGAGACCGAUUUGCGGCACCACCAUUCUGUUCUGGAUUCUGAGGACGAGGAUAAUGGCGAGCAGAGGCUCGUUCGAACUGGCCCGCGAAUCGAUUCCUUCGAUGUUGAAGCUCUUGAGGUCCCUGGUGUUCAGAGAAACGAAUUUGAGGAUGUCAACAUGGGAAAGAGAAUCAUAUUGGCUUUUCAAACUCUUGGUGUUGUAUUUGGUGAUGUUGGAACGAGUCCAUUAUAUACCUUCAGUGUUAUGUUCAGGAAGGCCCCUAUUAAUGACAAUGAGGACAUUAUUGGGGCAUUGUCACUUGUAUUGUAUACUCUAAUAUUGAUUCCUUUGGUGAAGUAUGUACUGGUUGUUCUGUGGGCCAACGAUGAUGGUGAAGGUGGCACAUUUGCCUUGUACUCUUUGAUUUGUCGUAAUGCUAAGGUGAGUCUACUUCCCAAUCAGUUGCCAUCAGAUGCCCGGAUAUCAGGAUUUAGGCUGAAGGUGCCUUCCCCUGAGCUUGAAAGGUCAUUAAAAUUCAAGGAAAGGCUAGAGUCUUCAGUGACUCUCAAGAAGAUUCUGCUUCUAUUAGUGCUUGCUGGUACUUCUAUGGUGAUAGCUAAUGGGGUUGUAACACCGGCAAUGUCAGUACUAUCAUCUGUUAAUGGUUUGCGAGUUGGCGUAGAUGCAAUUGAGCAAGAUGAAGUAGUGAUGAUUUCUGUUACUUGCCUCGUCAUCUUGUUCAGUGUGCAGAAGUAUGGAACAAGUAAAAUGGGGCUUGCUGUAGGACCUGCUUUGUUCAUAUGGUUUUGCUCUCUUGCAGGCAUUGGGAUAUACAAUCUAGUCACAUAUGACACUAGUGUCUUGAGGGCCUUUAAUCCUAUUCACAUCUAUUAUUUCUUCGCAAGGAAUUCAACCAAAGCAUGGUAUUCUCUAGGGGGCUGUAUUUUGUGUGCAACUGGUUCUGAGGCCAUGUUUGCAGAUCUUUGUUAUUUCUCUGUUCGAUCGGUUCAGCUUACGUUUGUCUUUCUUGUUUUGCCGUGUUUACUAUUGGGUUAUUUGGGUCAAGCAGCAUAUCUUAUGGAAAACCAUGCUGAUGCUGGUCAAGCCUUUUUUUCUUCUGUUCCAAGAGGUGCAUUCUGGCCAACUUUCGUCAUUGCUCUUGUUGCUGCACUAAUUGCUAGCCGGGCUAUGACGACAGCCACAUUUUCAUGUAUAAAGCAGUCAACUGCACUUGGUUGUUUUCCUCGUCUAAAAAUAGUUCAUACUUCUCGGAAAUUUAUGGGCCAGAUCUAUAUCCCUGUCAUAAACUGGUUUCUAUUGGUUGUUUCCCUGGUGUUUGUCUGCUCUAUAUCCAAUAUUGAUGAGAUUGGAAAUGCAUAUGGCAUUGCUGAGCUGGGGGUGAUGAUGAUGACCACUAUUUUAGUAACCCUUGUUAUGGUCCUUAUAUGGCAGACACACAUCAUCAUAGUGCUAAGUUUUGUGGUAGUCUUCUUGGGAUUGGAGUUGGCUUUCUUUUCCUCAGUUUUGUGUAGUAUACCGGAUGGAAGUUGGAUUAUACUGGUCUUAAGCAUAAUAAAUUUUUUUAUAAUGUUUGUAUGGAAUUAUGGAAGCAAACUUAAAUAUGAAACUGAAGUCAAGCAGAAGCUGUCAAUGGAUUUAAUGCGAGAAUUGGGCUCCAAUCUGGGGACAAUACGAGCUCCUGGAAUUGGGUUACUUUAUAAUGAGUUGGUCAAAGGAAUUCCAGGAAUUUUUGGACAUUUCCUGACCACACUUCCUGCAAUACACUCCAUGAUCAUAUUUGUGAGUAUCAAGUAUGUUCCAGUUUCUAUGGUACCCCAAAGUGAAAGGUUCCUGUUCAGGCGAGUCUGCCAGAAAAGCUAUCAUAUAUUUCGUUGUAUUGCCAGGUAUGGCUACAAAGAUGUUCGCAAAGAAAAUCACCAGACUUUUGAGCAGCUAUUGAUGGAGAGCCUAGAGAAGUUUAUACGUCGAGAAGCUCAAGAGAGGUCACUUGAGAGUGAUGGGGAUGAUGAUAGUGAUUCAGAAGAUGACUAUUCUGCUUCUAGGGUCCUCAUAGCUCCCAAUGGGAGUGUUUACUCACUCGGCGUUCCCCUUCUGGCUGAAUUUAAUGAUACAAACAUUCCCACUUUUGAAGCAAGCACAUCAGAGGAGGUGGCUUCAGCAUCUUCAAAUAAUCCCCCAGUGCUUGACGCAGAGCAGAGUCUUGAAAGAGAGUUAUCUUUUAUACGCAAGGCUAAAGAAUCUGGAGUUGUUUAUCUUGUUGGUCAUGGGGAUAUACGGGCUAGGAAAGACUCCUGGUUCUUAAAGAAGCUAGUUAUUAACUAUUUUUAUGCCUUUUUGAGAAAGAACUGCAGGAGGGGUAUCGCAAACUUAAGUGUACCCCAUUCACAUCUGAUGCAGGUUGGCAUGACUUACAUGGUUUGAACACAUUUUUUACAACCCGAAUAAAACAAAUGCAACUUAAUUUGGAAAACAGAAAGGUAGCAGUGAGUGGGUCUUGGAGGGGUCUCAUUUGAAACUGCACAGUUCGAAUGGUUUGCUCGGAUACGUGGUUUCCGAACUUACUGAAUAUCUUUCCAGUUCAUCAUUCGGAAAUUUUUUAUGUUCCUUAUGGUUGUCGAUUGCUACGUGGGUAUACAGAAUUAGAACAGGCUGGGAACAGAAAGUAACUGAUAUUUGUAACAUUUUUAAGGAAAGGGAGAGGGGAAAAAUAUAUAUAUAUACGUAUACAUUGCUGUGUACAAAUGCGGGUGUGGAAUUCCAGUUCAGUUUUACAGAACGCCGAGUUUGUACAGUGGUAUCUGAUCGGAUCUUAUAGGUUA